ACCUAGAGGCGGCCCAGACAAGAGCUGGCUCUCAACGAAACAAGUCAUUUGGAGCCCGAGGUCGCAACCAGGGCGGCCGGGCGCUCCCAGCCGCGGCCCCCGGAGCGCCGGCUGCGGUCCCCACCUCCAUGGAUGCCUUCAAGGGAGGCAUGAGCCUGGAGAGACUGCCCGAGGGGCUGCGGCCACCACCACCGCCGCCGCAUGACAUGGGGCCCUCCUUCCACCUGGCCCGCGCCCCCGACCCCCGGGAGCCACUGGAAAACUCGGCCAGCGAGUCGUCCGACACCGAGCUGCCAGACAAGGAGCGCGGCGGGGAGUCCAAGGGACCCGAGGACACUGGCGCGGGCGGCGCGGGCUGUGGCGGCGGGGAGGACCCAGCCAAGAAGAAGAAGCAGCGGCGGCAACGCACGCACUUCACGAGCCAGCAGUUGCAAGAGCUGGAGGCCACGUUCCAAAGGAACCGCUACCCAGACAUGAGUAUGAGAGAGGAGAUCGCAGUGUGGACCAACCUCACUGAGCCGCGCGUGCGGGUCUGGUUCAAGAACCGGCGAGCCAAGUGGCGGAAGCGCGAGCGGAACCAGCAGCUGGACCUGUGCAAAGGCGGCUACGUGCCGCAAUUCAGCGGCUUGGUGCAGCCCUACGAAGAUGUGUACGCAGCCGGCUACUCCUACAACAACUGGGCUGCCAAGAGCUUGGCACCGGCGCCCCUGUCCACCAAGAGCUUCACCUUCUUCAACUCCAUGAGCCCGCUGUCCUCGCAGUCCAUGUUCUCGGCCCCCAGCUCCAUCUCUUCCAUGACCAUGCCGUCCAGCAUGGGCCCGGGCGCCGUGCCCGGUAUGCCCAACUCGGGCCUCAACAACAUCAACAACCUCACCGGCUCCUCGCUUAACUCCGCCAUGUCUCCGGGCGCCUGCCCUUACGGCACACCCGCCUCGCCCUACAGCGUCUACCGGGACACGUGCAACUCGAGCCUAGCCAGCCUGCGGCUCAAGUCGAAGCAGCACUCAUCGUUCGGCUACGGCGGCCUGCAGGGUCCGGCCUCGGGCCUCAAUGCCUGCCAGUACAACAGCUGACCGCCCAGUCCGGCCCCCGGCCGCCGGCCGGCAAGGCGCAGCGCGAGCCGGCGUGGAGCACGCGGGGCGCUCACAGCACCGCAGACCUCGCCUCUGCGCAGCCCCUUCCUCCCCACCCCACCUCCAGGUUGGUUUUGUGUUUGCUUUUCCGGACCCCACUCUGUCCUC